GUCCAAAGUUCGUCCUUUGCCUCUUCAAUAGUGAAGGAAGUAAAUUUCCGAUCAAUAUCAUAGAAGACUAGACGACGCUCGACUUACUACUUAGUCGUUUAUUGACCCCCAGUUGUAAUUCAGAUUUCCUUGACUUGUUGUGGUAUUGCGAUUUUUUAUUAAUGAGCUACAUACGGUAAUAUUAAAAUGCAGAUAUAGUUCUUCUACCUUAACUAAAAUGGCAGACAUAUUAAAAGGAAUUAUUCUUACUAUUCUAACAGAAAAGUGUUACACUGAAUAUUUUGUGAAAUAUAAUUUUCUUGAUGUGCCAUGCUUUAAGGCUUCAUUAAGUAAAGGACUUGGAAUUGGUAUUAUUGCUGGUUCAGUAUUGGUUAAGGUUCCUCAAAUUUUAAAAAUCUUGAAAAGCAAAAGUGCUGAAGGAAUUAAUAUUUAUGGAGUCUAUCUAGAAUUAUUUGCCAUUACAGCAAACUUUGCAUACAGCUAUGUUAUGAAUUUCCCAUUUAGUGCUUGGGGAGAGGGAACAUUUCUUGCAAUUCAAACAGCUGUCAUAGCAGCCUUGGUACUUUAUUAUGGGGGAUCAUCUGGCAAAGCGAUAUCCUUUAUAUCAAUGUACAUUGCUCUGGUCUCUGCUGUAGUAAGUGGGUUUGCGCCUAAAGAUUUAUUAUGGACCUUGCAAGCUGUUAAUGUGCCUAUUAUAGUGGCUGCUAAGUCUAUACAAGUGAUCACCAACUAUAGGAAUGGCAGCACGGGCCAGUUAUCUGCCGUCACAUGUUUCUUAUUAUUUGGUGGUAGUAUUGCCAGGAUAUUCACAUCCAUUCAGGAAACUGGUGAUUUCAUAAUUAUUCUGAAUUAUUGUGUUUCGACACUUACAAAUGGGAUUAUUGUCUUACAACUUUUCUGGUACUGGAAUGUUGAUAAGACUAGUAAGAAUAAAAAUAAGAAAAAGAAAUGAUAUUUGAACGAUCACUUUAAGAGUAAAAUGCAAUGAAAUCUUUUUAGCAAAAUAUUUUUCUAUUUUGUUUACAAAAUAAAAUGUUAUGUUACAAA